GCGCAUGCGUGCCAGUAGUCAAGAUGGCGGCGCUGUGCAGAGGGAUCGCUCGUCUGACAAGCCCUGUUUGUUACGUUCGGCAAGGGGUGUUCCGGGGGUAUAGCGCCGGUCCGGCCUAUCAGUACAUCCUGGUGGAGCGCAAGGGCAAGAAUGAGAACGUGGGCUUCAUUCAGCUGAACCGUCCCAAGGCGCUGAACGCUCUCUGCGAUGGGCUGAUGACCGAACUCAACCAGGCCCUGGACUCUUUCGAGGGGGACCCGCAGGUCGGGGCCAUCGUGAUCACAGGAAGCGAGAAAGCCUUUGCCGCUGGAGCCGACAUCAAGGAGAUGCAGAACCGGACGUUCCAGGAAUGUUACGGCGGCGGCUUCCUCUCUCACUGGAACCGCGUCUCUUCUGUGAAGAAGCCCGUCAUCGCGGCUGUCAACGGAUACGCGCUCGGAGGAGGAUGUGAGUUGGCUAUGAUGUGCGAUAUAAUAUAUGCCGGAGAAAAGGCACAGUUCGGGCAGCCAGAAAUUUUAUUGGGCACCAUCCCAGGCGCCGGCGGGACGCAAAGACUGACGCGGGCGGUGGGCAAGUCGCUGGCCAUGGAAAUGGUCCUCACUGGAGAUCGCAUCUCGGCCCAGGAAGCAAAACAAGCUGGACUUGUGAGCAAAGUCUUCCCGGCUGAUAAACUGUUGGAAGAGGCGAUCAGCUGUGGGGAGAAGAUAGCCGGCAACUCUAAGCUGAUCGUGUCGAUGGCGAAGGAAGCGGUUAAUGGAGCCUUUGAACUCUCCCUGUCCGAGGGGAACCGACUCGAGAAAAGACUCUUCCACUCCACUUUUGCCACGGACGAUCGCAAGGAGGGGAUGACGGCUUUUGUGGAGAAGAGAAAGGCAAAGUUUACCGACCAGUAGCCUCGGGAGGCUUCACCGCCGCAGGGACUUUCCAGCCCCCUUUAAAUAAAGCUGAUUCUGAUUGGUCGACCCCCUUGUCGCCUGCAUUUCUGAUGACCCGUCCACGGCUGAGGUUUGAUUGUCGCACUACAAGAACCAAUUAAAA